GCGCUGGAAAGAAUCAGUCUGAAACUGCCGUAAUCGAGUGAGACUACUCUGCGAUGAAACGUUCCUUUCCAGAAUGGUAAGCCCUUCUUAUGGCCAACAAGUCGCUCCUCUUCGCGGUAGACCAACGAUAUUCGGUAAUGUAUACGAAAAAAAUGUUGUGUUUCUUCUCGACACCUCUGGUUCCAUGUACCACAGUAUGGAUGUUGUCAAAGAACACUUACUCGAAGUUCUCUUCGCGCGGGCGAUUUCUGGUAGAGAUACUAUGUUCAACAUCAUUGAAUUUAACGAAGAAGUAAACAAAUGGGCGGACAGAUUAGUGACAUGUACUCCGCGUACUGUGAGUGUUGUUAGCGAAUGGAUCCACGAACUGAAAUGCGGAACAUCAACAAACACCAUGGAAGCCUUGAUUGAAGCUUAUGGUGAUGAUGGAAUGGAUGCUAUCUAUUUAGUCACUGAUGGCCUACCUGACCAGAGCCCUCCGGUUAUAAUAGAAAACGUCCGUCGCCUGCACAAAGGUCGGCCAAUACACGCGAUAUAUCUCACUGGUACUCACUCUGAUCCAGCAGCAAAGGAAUUCCUUGAAGAGUUGGCUAAAAUCACUAAGGGUUCCUUUCACUGCAUAAGCCUCACCCUCUAUGGUAGGAUACAGAAGGUCACGCCGAUCUUCAAUCAGAAGACUGAAUUUAUGAGGCAUUACAAUGGUGAAUUCUUAUCCCCCAACCUUACCUCAUUGUUCAGUAGCAACACUACCCCUCACGGUCCUACCUCAGCACCCCCCGCAUCAGGGUUUGUCCCCAGGAUAUAUGAUCCAGGGACUCCUGUCACUCUCCUCAAGGCACCUCAUGGAAGUGUUCCUAUUCCUUAUGUCUCAUGGAGUAAGUAUGAUCAGGACAGAGGGACAUCACAGGUCCUGCAGUAUGCUGAUGCGGUACUGGCCUCGCGAGGGCUGUCAAAAGACAGCGAUAAAGCCAUUGGUAACACUAGUGUACCAGUGGCUGCCAGUGUAAUGAAGGGAAUGAAGAUACUGGCAAAGAAAGAUUCAGAUGGUCUUUUCUACAUGGCAUCUGUCAAAGAACAGGGAGAAAACAACACAUUUGUGGUAGAGUUUGACAAGUGCCCUGCCCUUCGCAAGUCACAUCUACAAGAAGUAGCUCUGUAUGACAUGAUUGCUUAUAAAGAUGCCAUACGACAUCAUGUGUGUAUUGGAGACAAAGUGUUAGCACCAUGGCAGGAUGAUGGACGAUAUGGACCAGGUACUGUUCUAGAUGGAGUGGACCGCAGGGAUCUUCAACCACAAGGUUAUGAAGGAGGUAACAUUCUUGUAGCUUUUUACAAUGGUCAAACAGAGCAGUUAUCCCCAGGUGUGGCUGUAAGAAUACCUCUGGCUGUGUUUGAUCGUAUUGUAACUGAGCUUCAGCUCCCAGAGUCCCAGCGUAGAAAAAUACGACUUGCUGCUGACACCUCAACCCCACCCUACCAAGGAAGACCUCCACCUGUUCACACCACGUGGCAACGGCCAUUCAGCCCUCCACGGCACCACAAACGGGCUAUAUCCGAACAUAAUUCGAAAGACGCUCUCGGUGAGAAGAUAAAAUCACAGCUGGAGAGAAAUAGGCAUCUUUUGGAAAGGGUGAAGUUCGAGGAAGAGGGACAGGACGACGGAAGUGUUUCUGAUGCAGACGAAGAGGAAGCUAAUGGGGAACAUGAUCAUAGGGAAGACACUUACAAACAUGCGGAAACGUUUGAUGCUUGUGUUGGAACAGAAGAUAUUGAUUUUAAAAGAUACGUAGAUCCAGUGAUACCUGUGGGAACUCCUCUAACAAAAGCAGGUGGAAAGCCAGAGGCUAAGAAGCGCUGGCGUUGGUGGAGCUCAGGGGUACCUCCCCGACCCCCAAGGUUCAGAGAGACAGCACUGGCAAAGCCCCCCGAGGUACGGGAUGAUAGAAACCAGCGUCCGAUUUACCAGGAGUAUCAGACUGUAGCAGGUGUACCGUUUCCUUCUGGCACAGAUAAAAAAUUCCAAGAUGGGGAGUGGCAUCCCCACCAUCAGUGGAAGAACACUGGUAAGGCCCUGGUAAGAUCCGGCCCACCACAGCUCAAACAUCACGAAUACCAGACAUCCAAGGGAGUGCCUUUCCCAUCGGCAACAGAUAAGAAGUUCAACACCGGUUCCGAUGGAAACUGGCGACCAGAAGACAAUGGUACCUCAGUUCAGCGGUCAUCUAAUUGGGAAGAUGGUUUGGGACGUGGAGACAUCGAGAAAAAUAGAAAGGAGAGAAGAAGACUGGAGAGUAAAAGAGACGCCAAUGAAAGAUACCACGCACAAAUAAUAAGAGACUCCGUUGAUAAACAACAGAAAGAACAGGCCAGGCAAGAGUAUCAUAGAAAAAAGGUCGAUGAACGAACUCGUCAAAUUUCGGAGCAAUCUGCAGAAAAAGCACGUCAAGAGAGCCAGAGAAUGGAGCACAAGAGGCAAUCAACUGAGAGGGUUUGCAAAAAGGAGCAAGAAAGACAAGAAAAAGCCGACACCUGGAAGCAAUCAAGGAUAGAAGCCAUGAAAGAACGGAGAACCCAACACGAGGAAAUGGAGAACAGUUACGAAAGAGCUGCACAAGAACAAGAGUCACAAAGACUAAGUGGACUGAAGGACAGAGAACAAAAGAGAGUAGAGGCGCACCACAAUCGAUUGGAGACCGAGAGGAGAAUGGGGAUAGACAGGGAAGACCAGCUGAAACAUCGGGAGCUGGAUCGACAAACGAGAAUACAAAGGAUAAAAGGGGAGGCUGAACAGAGAAAAGAGAUGAAAAUUCAUGUGAAACAACAAAGUGAACAGAGAUACCGAGCCAGCAUUCUUCCUUGAACACAGAGAGGAAAUGCAAAACGACUGAUGAUUGGUUGUCACUGAGAGAAAAUCAGGCGAUAGUCAACCCCCGGAGAACGGAUCCGGGUAUCACAGCUAUUAAAAGUGUUUUGUUCGAAGUCUAACAACAGAGCCCGUCAGAGAACAGUUCUGAGUUUACGAUCCCUGGGACCACUAUGCGUAUCUGCAAACUUCAAAAACAAACACGAAAGAUAUUACACUUUUCAUUUACAAACGGCUGAAAAUUUUUAUUGCCGUUCGCGAGGAGAUUUAGUUGAUGCGAUAUACAAUCUAGAUAACAUUUGGCCAAUAACUGAUGAGAACUUGUGCCCUCAUGAAAGAUUGAUCAUAGGUCGACAAGUUACCAGCUGAGAUUUUAUUGACGCGCUGACAAACUCGAAGUGAGGUAGACCAUGAACGGUAUUGUUUUCGCUCGAAAAUGAGGAAAGCCACCUUUAGCAAUAGACUUAAAGUCAGCAAAAGUGUGACUACAUCUGUCUUGUACUCUGUCUUGCUACUGAAGUCUUUGCGUCCCCAAGAUACUUGCAGUGAACUUUGGCCUUUUUCAAGGAAUCAGACCUAAACAGUUUGUUGAGCAAUAGUUUCAUUUCUUAUUCCUUUUGAAACCUAAAAGCGAAAUCUAGAAAGUGAAUGAUUUAUUUUUGAAUUUUGUGAUUUUCUGGGUUUUUAGGCUUAUGUUACCUAAAUUAUUGAGGCAAGGAAAUCUUUCUUCCCUUUUUUCGAAUUUCAACGAUUGCUUGCACUGCACAGCUCAAUGUAUUAGCGCAGAUAACCUCUCUGACACGGACAACGAAAACACAAAAAAAUUGUCCCUUUUAGCGCGUUUUCCGUUAUAGUAAGGUCACCUUAAUGAAUUUAAAACUCAAAGGACUGUUUCAGUGCCUAGUAGAGACAGAUGUAUAUGCACCUCUAUGCGUUGACAUACGUAAAGAGACGGUUGUCUUACAUUAAAAGAAAAGGAAUUACAACAAUGCCGUACCUAAAAAGGAAUUUGUAACUAGUAUUAAAUAAAAACUGU